AUGACCACCACGGCCACCAGGCUGGGCACCUGUUUCAGUUUUCUCCUGGGCGCCUUCUGCGCCAGCGGCCUGGUGGCCCUGCUGCUGCUGUUGCUGGGCAGCGGAGCCGAAAGCGCAGCCGAGGGUGCUGGCGUGGUCAAGCCAGAAGAUCGUCAGGCGGUGAUCUCCGAUAUCCUGUUGGCCAUCGAGCUCUACAUGGCGCCCUGCAUCUAUUCCGCCAUGGUGGCCGCCCGCGACCAGGCCAUGUACCAGUCAAUGGCCAGCCAGGUCGGGUUCGGGGGGGCGUGA